AAAAAUCCUCCUGUCCCUCUCCCCGUUAAAUUCCUUUCAUAAUUCGGAGAAAACCCCACUCUCUCUAUGGACCAGAGGGAGGGAGAGAGAGGAGACGACGACUACGGCGGCGAGCCAAGAGAGAAACCGCCGCAAUCCGUCGAAACCCUAGCUACGUGGGCUCGAUUUCUCCGGCGCGCGCUUGAAAUUCCGCGAUUCCCCUCACCGCUCGGCGGCGAUUUCGGUCGGAGCGAGCGAGAGAGCUUCUAUGAGCCGUUUCGCGUCCAAGGCCGUGGUGUACCACGGCUUUCUCCGGCUGGGGGAGCUGGACGUGGUCCCGGCGAACGGCCACGGCUUCCGGUUCCCCGACAAUGAGAUUCGGAUCCACCACAUCUCCCCGGUCAGCGAGAGGUGUCCCCCUCUCGCGAUCCUCCACACGGUGUCCUCUUCCUCGGUCCGGUGCAAGCUCGAGUCGUCCUCUCCGGUCGAGCAGGCGAAUUUGAACCGCCUGCACGCCUCUUGCUUGCACGAACUCAAGACUGCUGUAGUGUUGCUUGGUGAAGAAGAAAUGCACUUGGUGGCAAUGUGUAGUAGGCAGAAGAAGUCCCUGUGCUUUUGGUGCUUCUCAGUUCCUUCAGGUCUCUACGAAUCCUCUCUGGGAUUGCUCAAUCUACGGUGCCUUGCGAUUGUGUUUGAUCUUGAUGAGACACUCAUUGUUGCCAACACAUUGAAGUCGUUUGAGGAUAGAAUUGAGGCUCUCCGAGGCCGGAUUGCGAGGGAGACUGAUUCGGUGAGGAUGUCAGGAAUGUCAGCUGAACUAAAGCGGUAUGUAGAUGAUAGAGUGCUAUUGAAGCAGUAUGCAGACAGCAAUUGCGUGGUGGACAAUGGAACGCUGUACAAGGCUCAGGUUGAGGAGGUCCCUCAGCUUUCAGAUAGCCAUGAGAAAGUUGUUAGACCUGUAAUUAGAUUGCAGGAAAAGAAUAUCAUCCUCACUCGCAUCAAUCCUAAGAUCCGUGACACCAGUGUGCUAGUGAGAUUACGACCUGCAUGGGACCACUUGAAGAGUUACUUAACAGCUAAAGGACGUAAGAGGUUUGAAGUUUAUGUGUGCACGAUGGCUGAAAGAGACUAUGCUUUGGAGAUGUGGAGGCUUCUUGACCCUGAAGCACGCCUAAUUGAUAGAGAGCAAGUCUCAAACCGUGUUGUUUGUGUCAAAUCAGGUUCAAGGAAAUCAUUGCUAGAUGUGUUUCAGGAUGGUAAUUGCCAUUCCAAGAUGGCAAUGGUGAUUGAUGACCACUCAAAGGUUUGGGAAGAUAGGGAUCAACCACGAGUGCAUGUAGUUCCUCCUUUUGCUCCAUAUCAUGCUCCUAAAGCGGAGACUGCAAAUGCCAUUCUGGUCCUUUGUGUGGCAAGAAAUGUAAUAUGCAAUGUCAGGGGUUCCUUUUUCAAGGAGUUUGAUGAAAACUUAUUACGCAAAACCUUUGAACUAUUUUAUGAAGAUGAGGUGGUUGCAUUACCCCCUGCCCCUGAUGUGAGCAAUUACUUAAUGUCAGAGGACUCUGGUUUUGUUCCAAAUGGUGCUCCAAAUGCUCUACUUGCCAAUGGAGCGAGUGGUGCAGAAUUUGAUAAAAGACUUAAUUUUCCGGGUGAAAAGCAUGCUGUUGAUGUGUCUGAUAUCCCUGUAAGAGAAACUUCUGACGGAAAAUCUGGAACAUCCCAGCCAACCAUUACAAUAGUUCCAUACACCAUUGGUCCCCAUGCUUCAAGGACACUCAUGCCAUCUCAGAAAGCUGGUUUGUUUGGUAAUCCUGCCAGACAAGAUUUCAGCUUUUCGAAUCACGAACAUGACUUGAAAGGGAGGAUUCCCACUAUGAAGCAUGGUCUUGACAAUAAGAAUCACGGCUCUAGUGAGGCCGCUCUCCUGUCUAGACCACCAAUGCAGUUAACUACUGCCAAUAUGCAACCACAUGGAGGAUGUCUUGAAGAAGACUCAAACGAAGGCCAUAUAAACUCUGGAAGUUUUGGCUUUUCUCAAGAAGCUGAUUCACUGAACUUAGAAAAGGAGGGCUCAUCAAAAUCAGAUCGGUCAAAAACUUUGAAAUUUUAGUACCUCUUGUUUCCUCCCUAAAUCAUCUCAGGUGAAGGUGUGGUCUGGACAUGAUAAAAAAGAAGCAGAAUUUUCUUUUGGGAGCCAGCAAUAUGGGAGGUAUGAGGAUGAAUGCUUUAAUUCUGAAAAGUUAUUAUAAGCGGUGUAUGCAUAUCAUAUCUUGUUGUGCAAGUUCCAUAUGUUAUAGCACUACAUUUUUACACACCUUCAAUGAUCCAAAACCUCGAGUUACCCUCUAAGAAGCCAAAUAUGAGGCAAAAAGAAUUGCACAAGUAAUAUAACUUUUGUACAACGCUCAUUUAAUUGCCAUAAUUUGUUUUUUAAUUGCUUAGUUCAUAUAAUUUUUUUAUCAAUCACUUGAAUAUCAUUGAUUUUUAAAAUGUUUACCAUAAGUGUCGUGACAUGUUAGAUUUCUAACACUUGGAUGAUUUUUUUUUUUUUUUUUUUUUUUGGAAGUUAUGACAUUCAAAUGAACUUUUUUUUUUAAAAGUCAUGGCAACCAAGUGAUUGAAAAAAAAAAUUGAAUGACACUUAAGUGAACAUCGGACAUAAAUUAUUAUAUUUGUGAGAUCUUUACCCCUAGAUAGGAUGAUGUUGAGAAGGCAGAGCCCGGUUGCAAGUAGUAGGUGGAAGUGAACCGGCUCAGCCUCACUCAUCCCCUGGACUCAUUUUUUGUUCGAAUGGGAGUCUCAAGUAGCCCAAUGUAUCUCACCUGGUAGACGUCGGACCUCACAAGUUAUGCCAUGUCUAUAUUUUCGCUAACCUUUAUCCUCUUCGUGAUUUUUCAUCAGUUUUUAUCUCUUUUUGUUUAAAUUUGUUCCUACUUCAAAUAAUUUGCGAUAAUCAACCAAACAUCCUUCGUGAUUUAGGUACAAAGCAGAGGUGCAACAUACGGAUUAUUCCCACUCCCAGUAGCUUACUCUUGAAAUGGCGGAAGAGACUAGAUCAGAGUGGUCGCAAUUACACUAACUCAAAAAUUGGAAAACUUGUGUCCUUGCUUCACCUCGUGACCCACAUCAAUCUAGUCCAAGCGUUGGCUCACUUUUGGAAUCCCGUGACAUUUAUGUUCAUGUUUGGUGAACAUGAAUUGGUCCCGAACAUAGAGUAUAAUGUUGCCAUAGGAGUUACCCCGAUCGCUAAACUUAUUAAGGGCGCGUUUAGUAACGUUUGUUUCAAUGAACAAUUUUUAAAUAGAAAUAGUUUUUUUUUUUUUGUUUUUAUUCACUGGGAACAAUUUCGGAGUAUAAAAACACGCUUGGUAAUUGUAAAAAUUUCUAUUUCGGGAAUAAAAAUACAUUUGGUAAA